AGCCAAUGAUCCCUACAACAUUCUGAAAUAAAUCGCCAACAACACACUUACCUCUGUUGCAUUCACGUUCAUCAUCCUCGUCGCAUUCGCACAUACCUAUCUACUCCACCGGUAUGGUGGCAAGUUCAUGCUAGCCAUGGUCAUCGCCGAAUACACCUUCGCCGUCGGUAUCGGUGAUCGUUGGGGUCUUCAUGCUCGUCCCGAAAGCAAAGAAAUGUACAUCGCCCAGAAUCUCUUUGUCGUGCUCUCCCCGGUUGGCUUCAUUGCCGCAGACUAUGUCCUCCUUGGACGUAUGGCGCGCUGGCUGAAGUGCAAUUCGCACCUCUUCAUUUGACCUCAACGCGUCACGUUGGUCUUCGUUCUUUCUGACGUCUUCACAUUCUUACUGCAGGCAACCGGAGGAGGGAUGUCAGUGACCACUAAUGUGGAUCGCGCGAAGCUGAGUUCUAACAUCUUCCUAGGGGGUCUUGCUCUCCAGGUACUCUCGUUCGCGUUCUUCACGUUACUCUUCUUUCGCUUUUUGUACCACGUGUACACACUCGAGCCUCAGGUGUGGAGCCGUGACUCCCUGAAACCUUGGUAUCAAGAUUGGCGAGGACUUGCUGGAGCUAUGUUCAUCAGCUGUAUCGGUAUACUGAUUCGCUCGGCAUAUCGUACAAUCGAACUAAGUGAAGGAUACUCCGGGCGGCUGGCCACCACGGAAGGUUUCUUCUACGGCCUUGAUACGUUGCCCCUCUUUUUCGCCGUUGCAGUCUACGUGCCGUUCUGGCCUGGAAGGUUUAUCCCCGACACCAAAGAGUUGCGGAGAAUUGAAUUCCAAGAGAGGAAUGAUAAAGAAAUGAACAGGAUUGGUAUGUUGAGUCGUGAGGCACGAGGUUCACGGGUUGAGCUCACAUAGAUGUUCAUACAAUCCUAGGAUCCCGAAGUUCUUCAAUUCCGAUUUGUAUGUUGGAGUCGCCCACGAUGAUCUUGCAAUU